GGCUCUGUUGAAGGCAGCUGGGAUGAAAUUUCUUCUGCAUCAUCCUUUUGGGGAUAAUUGCUUAUGAUGUGACGUCAGCCGGAUUGAUUUUUCUCUCUUUCAAGAGAGAAAGGGAGGAGGGAGGGAGAGAGACUCACGGACGUGUGCGGAGGCCACAGACAUUAACGUUUGGAAUUCCUUCAGGGCAAAAGGCGAUGGGAAUGGGAGCUUACAAGUGUGCGGCGAAGACAUCAGACUGCACGGAAUUAUUAACAAGUUUUUCUUUCAAAGAAGAAAAAAAAACCCAACCCCCUCCGCAGCGAGCCACUUAGGUGCUCCUUUCAUGCCCGAGUCCCCCGUUAAGGUGGCAGCGUCUGAUAAUUAAUCUCGGGUACCCAGCCGCUGCAAUAGGCUUAAGAAGACGAAGAGGAGGGGCGGGGAAGUGCGUCACCAGCAGUGGACAGAGCAGACCUCUCGGCAGCGGCGUUGUGAGGACUUAGCUGGGACCUGGAAUCUUAUCCUCCUGUAUUUUUUCAGACUCCUUGGAAAUUAAGGAAUGCAAUUCUGCCACCAUGAUGGAAGGAUUGAAAAAACGUACAAGGAAGGCCUUUGGAAUACGGAAGAAAGAAAAGGACACUGAUUCGACGGGUUCACCAGAUAGAGAUGGAAUUCAGGGGAAAAAAAAGACCCAGAAGACUCAGCUUCUCCUCACCUCUUGCUUCUGGCUCAGAGCCCUCUCGUUAACUCUGUCUCAGAAGAAAAGCAAUGGGGCACCAAAUGGAUUUUAUGCAGAAAUUGACUGGGAAAGAUACAACUCCCCUGAGCUGGAUGAAGAAGGCUACAGCAUCAGACCCGAGGAACCCGGCUCUACCAAAGGAAAGCACUUUUAUUCUUCGAGCGAAUCGGAAGAGGAAGAAGAGUCCCACAAGAAAUUUAAUAUCAAGAUUAAGCCAUUGCAAUCUAAAGACAUUCUUAAGAAUACUGCAACCGUGGAUGAGCUGAAGGCAUCCAUAGGCAACAUCGCACUUUCCCCAUCACCAGUGGGUGCAAUUAAAAGGAACUUAUCCAGUGAAGAAGUGGCGAGACCCAGGCGUUCCACACCAACGCCGGAACUUGUAAGCAAAAAGCCUACAGAUGACACGGUGGCCCUUGCUCCCCUCUUUGGUCCACCAUUAGAAUCGGCUUUUGAUGAACAGAAGACAGAAGUUCCUUUAGAUCAGCCUGAGAUAUGGGGUUCAGGCCAACCAAUUAAUCCAAGCAUCGAGUCGCCAAAGUUAACAAGGCCUUUUCCCACUGGAACACCUCCACCACUGCCUCCCAAAAAUGUACCAGCCACCCCACCCCGAACAGGCUCCCCGCUCACAGUUGCACCCGGAAAUGACCAGUCAGCCACAGAGGCCAAAAUUGAAAAACUACCAUCAAUCAAUGACUUGGACAGCAUUUUUGGGCCCGUGUUAUCCCCCAAGUCUGUUGCUGUUAAUGCUGAAGAAAAGUGGGUCCAUUUUUCUGAUACGUCCCCGGAACGUGUUACUCCAGAGUUGACUCCAAGGGAAAAGGUGGUGUCCCCACCAGCUGCAUCAGACAACCCAUCUGACUCCCCAGCUCCGGGCCCUCCGGGCCCUCCAGGCCCCCCAGGACCCCCAGGACCCUCUGGUGGUCCUCGCAAUGUACCGUCGCCGCUCAAUUUAGAAGAAGUCCAGAAGAAAAUCGCUGAGCAGACCUUCAUUAAAGAUGAUUACUUAGAAACAAUCUCAUCUCCCAAAGAUUUUGGGUUGGGACAGAGAGCGACCCCACCUCCCCCACCACCACCCACCUACAGGACUGUGGUUUCAUCCCCUGGACCUGGCUCGGGCAGUGGUACGGGGACCACCAGUGGUGCAUCAUCGCCAGCUAGACCAGCCACUCCCUUGGUUCCCUGCAGCAGCACCACCCCUCCGCCGCCACCUCCCCGGCCUCCAUCUCGGCCAAAGCUACCUCCAGUAAAACCUGGAGUUGGAGAUGUGCCCAGACCUUUUAGCCCUCCCAUACAUUCUUCCAGCCCUCCUCCGAUAGCACCCCUUGCCCGAGCUGAAAGUACCUCUUCAAUAUCAUCCACCAAUUCCUUGAGCGCAGCCACCACUCCCACAGUUGAGAAUGAACAGCCUUCCCUCGUUUGGUUUGACAGAGGAAAGUUUUAUUUGACUUUUGAAGGCUCUUCCAGGGGACCCAGCCCCCUAACCAUGGGAGCCCAGGACACCCUCCCUGUUGCAGCAGCAUUUACAGAAACGGUCAAUGCCUACUUCAAAGGAGCAGAUCCAAGCAAAUGUAUUGUGAAGAUUACUGGAGAAAUGGUGCUGUCUUUUCCUGCUGGCAUCACCAGACACUUUGCCAACAACCCAUCGCCAGCUGCUCUGACUUUUCGGGUGAUAAAUUUCAGCAGGUUAGAACACGUCCUGCCAAAUCCCCAACUUCUCUGCUGCGAUAAUACUCAAAAUGAUGCCAAUACCAAGGAAUUCUGGGUGAAUAUGCCAAAUCUGAUGACUCACCUAAAGAAAGUGUCGGAACAAAAACCGCAGGCUACAUAUUAUAAUGUGGACAUGCUCAAAUAUCAGGUGUCCGCCCAGGGCAUUCAGUCCACACCUCUGAACCUGGCCGUGAACUGGCGGUGCGAGCCGGCCAGCACGGACCUGCGCAUAGAUUACAAAUACAAUACGGAUGCCAUGACAACGGCCGUGGCCCUCAACAACGUGCAGUUCCUGGUCCCCAUAGAUGGAGGAGUAACCAAGCUCCAGGCUGUGCUCCCACCCGCAGUCUGGAAUGCUGAACAGCAAAGAAUAUUAUGGAAGAUUCCUGAUAUUUCUCAGAAGUCAGAAAAUGGAGGGGUGGGUUCUUUAUUGGCAAGAUUUCAGUUAUCUGAAGGUCCAAGCAAACCCUCCCCACUGGUUGUGCAGUUCACAAGUGAAGGAAGCACCCUUUCUGGAUGUGACAUUGAGCUUGUUGGAGCAGGGUAUCGGUUCUCACUCAUCAAGAAAAGGUUUGCUGCAGGAAAAUACUUGGCAGAUAACUAAUAAAAUCUUAUGGAAGGAUUCGGAGGACCACAUAAUGGAGAACUGUUGUAUGAGAAACAGGUUUUAAUUUUGGUUUGAUGGAAACAAACCAAAAUCUGCACUUGGGAUAUAUCUGCUGGAAAUGUCCAUGACUUUCAGCUAUGAUUUCCCUCACACAAUACCAUGAUGACCAGUCUUACAGUAUUUACUUCUAGGUGUAAUAUUGUUAAUGGUUUUAAAAUGUAAUUAUUGUAUUUGUAAAUUGUAACCCAUUCCAGUAAGGCAGUUAGACACUUGAGUUUUAGCAUUUUACCAUUCCUGAAAUGGAUGUAAUUUAAACUGUGGUAUGUAAAUUUAAUAGUAGUACUGUUGAAUGGCACAAUGCUUACAGAGGUAGAUUGCAUUUUGUCAAUAUAUAAAAUUUAAAUAUAAUAUUGCUAGCUGUCAUAAAGGGGGUGCCACAUACAAAGAAAAUUAAGUGGAACCAGAAAAAAAAACCUUCCUUUUCUUCAAUCCUUAGUAUGUUUUACUCUAGUGCUAAAUAAAAAUUCUAUCUUCAAAUAUUUAGUGGGUUAAAUUCAGAAACUAUUUCAGAAAAAAAAAUUCUAAAGUUACAGCAUAUUCAAGAAGAGCAUUAAUUACCACUUUUUAAAAAGCUUUUUUUUCAAACUGCAAAUUUCAUAAAAAAUGCAAACUGUGUAAACAGGGCCUCUUAUUUUUAUAACUUGUGUAAAAAGGGAAAGCAAUUCAUAUUUAAAGUUUAAGUAUAUGAAAUUAUAAUCAAGAGUAAAGAAGAUGUUGAAGUCUUAACUACUUCCCCCUCUCUCCACAGUUUAACAAAUGUGGAGAUUGCUGAAUAAUAUCAGACUAAAGCCAACAUUGUGAUUUUAAAAUUUCAAGACUUUCCAUAGUUGAACCAGUGAACAACUUUUGCACAAUUACUCUAAACAGUCUCUCCCAUCUAACAUGGGGAAUGGUACCACAUAUCUUUCUCUUUACCUGCGGGAAUCACAACAUUAAAACUAAAACUCAGAAAAAAAAAAAAAAUUAGUCCCCUGUUUAAGUCCAGAAGGAAAAUUUUAAUCAUCAUCAUUUAUAUCAUUUGAAAAGGAAAAAAUAAAGCUUUAAAAAUGAAAUCCUAUCCACAUUAUCAUGCAAUAAAUUUCCUUUUGGAUAAGAUUCAUCAUAUGUAACUAUAUAUCUUUGCCAUUCUCGGGGAGUCAGAUAGAGAGUUAUCCAGAAAUUUAUGUCAUGAUUUCAUUGUAGCGAGGUAUCAUUGAAACUGUAAUUACUCAGUCUGGCCUCACAGUGUGAGGAUUCAGAACGGAGAAGCACUUCUUCUGGGGUGGGUCUCAGCUGUAAACUCUUCCUCCUGCACUAUCUAAAAACAUAAAACUUCCUUUAAGUCAUAGACCUUAUUUUAAACAUGAACCGAUUCUUAUUCUAAGUUAUAUUAUUAAAUAACUGGAAUUAUUAAGCUGUUGUAUUCCUCAUUAGUUGCUAAAUUUUAUUUUACAUUCAUGUAUAUUUGACAAAGAAUCGUCAGUCCCUUUAAAUUUUAGAUCAAAUUAAAUUUUGUAAGUCUUACUUUUAAAAUGAGAUCGUGACGGGCAAUUGUUUAUAGUGGAAAUUUUUAAAUUAACAUUUGUACUUCUCAAUCAGUGCUUGCUGCCCAGAGAAUGUUCAAAAUGAUCUGUUUUACCUCAGAAGAAUUCCUACUAUUCAGACACUCAGUUGGCUCCCCAGACAGUCUGGUGUGGAAGUUUUUUGGACAAAUUAUUAAUAUACUCAUUUUAAGUAAAGAUGUUCAAUUUGAUUUUGAAACCAAAAUAGGAAAUGCAAACUUUUAAAUCCCAUAAAACAUGGGGAAACAUCAAAGACUGAAACCAAUGGAGAGUAAGCAGCAGAGAAUUGAGAAUUAUCCAGCAUAUGAAUAUAAAAAUGUGUUUUUAAGUAAUCAAUUCAUAAGGAAAACGUAUUGAAUAUUAACACAAAGCAUAUUAAAAAUGUGUAAAUAUUACUGGUUCUAAUGUCUUGCUCUUUAUAUUUUAUUUUAUAUAGUUGUAGAGUGAAUUAGUAAUUAAACUCAAGGGUUUUUUUGAAAGAAUAAUUUUGUUGAUAUUGUAAAAAUAUAAUUUAAAACAUAGAUUAUAAUAAUCUCUAACAUUAUUCAAACAUUUCCAGGAACUAAAUUUGACCCUAUGAAGAUCUCUUGUGAUCUCUUGACUGGUCUUUGUGAAACAGAAUGGAGGCCAUUGGCUUCAUAAUUAUUAAACUUUCAAUAACCAGAACCUCAAUAGAGAAGAUAUCCCUUCUUUUUUCAGAAAAAUAGGUCAAAUAAUAACACAAUAAACUCAUACCAGGGGUUUAGAUUUUGGUAGUUUUUUUUUUUUUUUUAAUUUUGUAGUUUACAAUCUCCUCUUAUACCCAUAUCCAUAGUACUGUAUAGUAAGAAUUCCUAUUAGGAAAAAAGAUCCUAGAUAAUUAAAGAGUCUCUACUACAUUUAAAAAAAUAAAUAAAUAAAGUCAGGUUCAUUAUCAAUUCCUAAACAGAACAAAAUGGGCAAGUACAUAUUAAUAUUUUCAAUACCAGGGGUUAAGAUAGAAAGAGUUCUCAUUAACCAGAACACCACUUCUUGAGAUUUAUUAUUUUAAAAGUUUCUGUUCUAACAAGAUAGAAAAUAUGAAUGGUAUUGCUUUAUUUUGACAACAUGGAAAAUAUGUUUUUCUUUUUAAAUAAAUUCCAUAUUUUCUUGAUAUUUUUAAAAAUAAAUUCUUGUUAAGAAUUAGUCUGAAUUUUACCAUAGUUGGAAUUUAUAACUCCUAGGAAUUAUAUUUUUAAUUAUUUUUAAAGCUCUGUUCUUUUCUAUACCUAUAGACAAAAGGAAAAUUCACUGUAUGGUAUUUGGGAAUCUAUUUCACCUAUAAAGAAAGGACAUCCAUAUUUCAAAUGGUUUUGAGUAAAUAGAGAUGUUUUAUUUUUGUUUUUACAUAUUUUUACUCAAUCUGCAAAGUGUCUGAGGCAAUCCUGACACAUAUUUUCAUUUCUAAAUCUUCCUUUCAAAGAAGCCUGGUGACUACAGUAACUAUUGCUAAUUGAUGCACUGUGACAUUAGUCAAAUCACUGAUUUCUUAGUUUCUCGUCUUUAGAACAAGGGAUUGGGACUGCCAGUGUUUUUCAAGUUUUUCUUAACAGCAGGCCUUUUUUCUUCUAAAAUUACAUAUGGAAUCCCAUUAGGUAAAACAACUCAAAGCAGUGUUGUAGCUCCUUCCAUGCUUUAGACCUGGGGUCCCCACCCCGACCUCAGCACGAUUUGAACACCGUCAUAAUACACCAACGAUCUAUAAAAUUUCUCUCACCUCUGAAGUUCCAUGAUUUUACUAGAUCAUAUAGAUCCACUGUGGUGGUUUCCUAAGAAAACAUGUGCAAUCACAUACAUUGACUGAUAGAUAAUAAAACUUUACAUUUACUUGACUGCUUACAUAUACCAGUCACUACAGAUAUUUAAUCCUCAUAGCAACCCCAAAGUUAUAAGCCCUCUUUGUAAUUCCUGUUUUACAAUGACAUUGAGGCUUAGAGUAAUUAAUUUUCCUGAAGCGACACAGCAGCAGGAAGGAAGGAAGGCAGUUAUCUUGACUGUAAAGGGGGCCCCUUGCUGUUCAUUCUGGGAAAUAAAUUCUUCUGUUUUAUUUUACUAAACGUAUAUCAUUUGAAUCCCAAGGUUAAUUAGUAUCAAAAUAAGGAUAAUUCCAAUAGCAAAAUUGUUGGGAAAGGGUACAUUUCUCAGAGUAUGACUUGUGGAUCACUUGCACUAACAUUCAUUUAAAAGGGCAAUGAUUUUGGCUCACUUACCACUAUCCCAGAGCCUAGACAAUAGCAAGAAUCAACAAGUUUAUAUUGAAAGAAUAAAUCUCUAGGGAUGAGGUUUAGGAAUAUAUAUUUUGAUGAGCACCCAAAAUCUGGGAAUCCCUGCCCUAAUAGAUCUCUGUGGUCCUUCUUGGUUAUGACAUUAAUUAUAUCAAUUAAAUUAUAAGUUGACUAUAAUUUUUCUAGUGAAUUUAUUUUUACACUCAGUCCAUUUAAAUUUCUCCAAUCAAAAAAAAAAUAAUAAAAAUAAAAAAGAAAUAAAAAACUAAAAAAGAUUCAAGGCUUUUUCUAGGAAAAUCCCUGUCUUUUCCUUAGAGUUUUCCUGUCACGCUAUCUAGUCUCAGGUGGCCUGAAAUACACUCUCUCAUUUUCACAUUUCUGUCCUUUUCAUCAAUGUCUUAAAAGACCUAGAGAAGCAGUAGAUAGAUUACAAGCUGCCACUCACUGCAAAUACAAAGUCCUAAUAAAUGCCUCCUUCCUUGCAAGAGACACUCAGACAUGUAGAUUCUGAGCUGACCAUAUUUAUCUUGUAGGCCUUUGAAUAGGAUGCUUUAUAAGCGUGGACCAGUGUCAUUCUAAAAGAGUUGCAUCAUCAUUUUUGUUUUUCCUUUUUUUCUUUUUCUUUUUUUUUUUUUCAAAAUAAUCACAGCUCUCCAUUAAAUUUGAAUGACACAGUAAAAUAUGUAGAUAUCUACAAUAAGAUGCCUUUGUUGAGUUCUGUUUUUUUUUUUUUUAAAGCUUUCUUUUUCCUUAGGAUUAUGCAUUCAGCAAAAUUCCAUUCAGUCUAAAAGUACUCAUUUCACUACAUGGUUUUCUGACCAGCAUUUUUUUUUUUUAAUGGAAGCUAAUUUUUUUAUGAUAUUAAAUAGAGGAUGAUCUCUAAAUAUCCCUUUAAAAGUUAAUAUAAGUAAGAAUGAUGUUUCCUUGAAAUAAGUCAAAUUAAGUUGCUGAUAUGAAUGAACAUGUUGAUCUGUGCUAAUUGAUUGAAGUGUUCUGAUGAUGCACAUUUUACUGUGUGCACUUCUGUUAUGAGGCUUUAUUGGAUUUUCCUGCUUCAUUUGGGUAUGGUAUUUUUUUUAAUCCAUUUGGCAAAUAGCAUUUACAUGUGAUUCCCUCACUCAUGAAUUAAACAUGCCUGCCAUUACAUUACAUUUUGUGCAUGAAAUGUGUGGAGGGAAGAUGAAGUAGAAAUCCAAUAUUUAAAUCUCUAAAUAUUAAAAACAAACAACAAAAGAAAACCCACUCGCUUUUCUACGGGUCAUCGCUUUGAUGUUCUGUCAUAUUCUGUAGGCUAGAGUUGUAAUUUUAAUAUCUGAUUCAAAUUGAAAAAUUCUUCUUGAUGGAAAGUCAAAUUUUAGGGUCUCUUGAGUUGACUGUGGUUAGAUUUCUUGAUUUCCCCGCAUGUUUAAUAUUUGAUCUCUAUCCUAAAUGAGUAUUCUUGUGAGAGAAGGCACCUCCUUAUUGACAUUCACCAUAAGGAUAAUCAUUUAUUCUCUAGGUAUAACUUCUAAAGUUAUUUUUCCUUUGAUUUAUAGUAAUUUUUUUGACUUAUAGUAUUUUUGAUUGCCUCCUUCUAUCCCUAGGGUAGUAGGUUGCUUAUUCUAAAUACACCUAUAACCUUAUAAGAAAAGAUGUUUCACUGAGAAGCAAAUAUAUUUUUAUGUGUCCCUUAAUGCCUAAAAGAAAAUAAGCAAGAGAUACUUCUGCAUUCACCUAUAUUCCAGUAUUUUCCAAAUCAUGUCCAGGUCUACUGUUUCUCACAAAUGUUCACUGUGGCCUGAGAAUCUGUGGUCCUAUGCUAUAGUCCCCACUCCUCAGACAUUUGAUAAUAAAGGCUAGUGUUUUAAUGAAGCUUAAGAAAGUUACUAAAUCACAAAAACACUUUUUUUUUCUUAAACACACCUUGAGGAAACUUUAGAAAAGUUUUCUUGUAACACCAGCUUACAUAUCCUUCAAGAACCACAAAUAAUACAACCAGGAAAGUUUCAAAAGGAUGCUUCUGGGCUUUUGUUUAACUUUAAGAAGAAUUCCUGCGACUUCAAAUGAGUUAGUAUCAUUUUAAAUUUCGUUAGUAUACCUUAGUGAAUUUAACUUUAUCCCCUAAAAUAUUCAAAAUAAAACAACAAUGUUGUUUUAAUUUUCUAAGUAUUAUUUUUAAGGUCUGCUCCUAUGAUCAGCACAUCAGGCUACCAUCUGUUGCAAACAAUCCAAAUUCUUUACAGAAUGAAAUUAACACAAGUGAACAAUCUUGGGUAAUACUUUAUUAAGUGGUUUUAAGAAACUGAAUCAUGAUAAAUGAACACUGACCGCGUUUUUACAUAACCUUGCUAGAAACUAUAUGAAAAACAUUUUUUAAAUGAGAGGGAUAUAUUAUUUAGCAAAAAUUUUGCAGAACCCUACACUCUAUAAAUGAACACUUCACAGUUCUUUUUUGUUAUGCCUUAUUUUGCAAAUCAAUUGUUUUUACACAAAAUCAGCAAAAUUCCUUUUAAAAAAUUCCUGGACAAACUGAUUCAGAAUAUAGCUGGAUCACUUUACAUUUCUUUAAAUAUAGCUCAAUUUUUAAUUCAUUCAGAGUUGGUGAAUUGGCUUGAUAGAUGAUUAAGACAUUUAUCAUUUUUAAAUAUUCUAUUGAAUGAGAUCAUGCAAGUGUUAAUUCUAUCUCAUUUGUUCAGUUGUAUGAUACUUCAUUGACAUUUUCUCUCCUUUUAUUUUUUUGACAAAAUAAAUGCUUAGUGUAUUCAUACAUUACAUUGUUACUUCAAACUAUUUUAAUAAUACACCAAUGACUACCAAUGGGAUCACUUCCCAAGAUCCAAAGCCAGAUUUUUUUCUUUUCCUUGCAAGAGAUGAUAGGAUGAUCAUUUUUAUAACUGUAUUGGCUUUGCAGUUCAGUAUUGAAUGCUUGCUUUGUUAAAUAGAGGUGCAUGAAAGAGACUGGCUCCUGUCUGAUCUGUGUCUCUAUUUCUCUCUCAAAGAGAGUUGGAAAAUUGCUCCUCAAUGUUUUCUUAAAAAAGCCAAGUGUUGGUAUUUGUAUGAUGAUACGCUAAUCUUAUCUCUGAGCAGAGCUUCACUAUAGGCCAAGCAGUCCUUUAUAGAGCUGGCUUUUUUUUUUUUUAACUGUUUGAAUAUUAUUGGAUUUCAAUGUACGAAUACUUUUUUUUUUUCAAUUUUUCACUUUGUGUAGGGAAAAAAAACUCUAUGAAUGAAAUGAUCAAGUUUUAAUUUUCAUGCCUAUUAAGUAGAAUUCUUUUUUUUUUCUUACUCUAAAAAUCAGAAAAACUAGGAAAAGAAUCUCAGAGAAAUUUUGCUGUGUUUCUAGAGGUAAUAAAAUUCCAUCAGUUGUCUUUCUUAAGAAAAAUGCUUAUUAGUGUAUACCUUAAUUUGAGUUGGUGGUAGCCUUUAUUCCUUUAUUCAGGACUCCCCAUGAUCUUUAUAGUGACAGUAAACUGAAUUUCCUCAUGACCUUGUACGGAGUAUAUAAUUUCACAGAAUUCCUUGAGCGUAACAUAUUUAUAAAAGAAAUUGUGGGUUAAAAUGCUCAAGUAUAUUUUUUAAAACCUAGUUAAAAUGUUGAUGCUUGGCUCUUUUUCCUACAUGUGUAAUUCAACAGAGAGUACUUUUAUUCUCAUAACUGUUACUGCUUUGUCUAUGAUGAAAGCUUUACCGCUUCUGUGCUGUGCUCAAGAAAAAAACCAGCAAAAGAAGCAGGGGUUCACUGCAGCAAAGCUCGCUGUUGAGCAAUGGUGACAUGAAUGUGUAGUAUUGAUUUAUUGAAGAUAAUCAUGAGAACAUUUUAAAUUACUUGCCUUAUGAGUUAGAAAAUGUGUGGAUAUCAUUUUUUGUAAAUAAUGAUUUUUACAAAUGUUUUUUCUUCAUAAUUUUCCCAACCACCCAUUUCACAAAAUUCUGAAUAUGCAAUGAUUUAUCAUGACACAUUACUGCAACUAGGGUUCCCGUUUCAGAACAAACUUUAAUUAUACAUGAGAUCAAGACGAAAUACCUAAAGUAAGUUGUUAUUAAAAUGUGAUUUUUUUUUCUGGAAAAUAAAUGAAAAUGUAAAAAUAAACUGAGUUGUGAACCUUUUUUA